CGGAAGAGAAGAAAUUAAUUGUUUUGAGUUUUUGAUAUACAGAGUAAACUUAGGAAGAUGAGCUCAGAAAGAACAACAUCGCAAUGUUUCUUCCGGCAAAAUAAAUAUUUCAGGAUGUUGUUUCCAAAGAGCUCAAAUUUUUCAUCUUCAUUAUGGAACAACUUUGAGUCAUCAUUAACCGAGAGAAUGAAGAAACUCAUACCUGAAAACAAAGAUGAGAUUCUCACCUUACCUUGGAUGAUUAUUGCGAUGGAAUUACUCUAUGAUACACAUAAUGACAUAAACAUCCUCAUCACUGAUCUCAAGCUUCAUGAUGUGACUGAUUGCUCUGAUGUUUACAUGGAUAUAACCAUUAAAUUUAUGGAUCUUUGUAACGCUAUAAGCUCCUUGCUUGGUUGCAUCGACCAUUGUAUUUUAUGCUUUAAGGUCCUUUGGCAUAAACUAGAAAUGAAAUUUGAGGAAGAACAAUGCACUAAGAUUUGUUCUACACUUGAUAGUUGGAGGAAAGAUAUUACGGCAGAAAUCCUGAAAUAUCGCACAGUUCUUGGGAGAUAUGUUGAAUCAUUAAACUUUUACAAAGUCAAGAACUUUAAGAAAGCAAAGGUUUUAAUGAAGGCGUUUUACGCGGCUAAUGUUCUUACGGCUUAUAUUUGCAGUGUGUUCGUAACAGUUUUGUCGAAUUCAGACAAAGAUGUUUCCCCGAUAAAUAUCUCGAAGCAGUCAUUGUGGGAAAAAGAUUUCUUGAAUUUGCAGACUAUUGUAAACGUCAAAAUAAAAGAUUUAGUCUCCUCUGAUGGAACAACAACGGUAAUCAAAGAAUUGGAACGUGUUGCUGCCAAAGUGACGAAGAAGAUUUGUCGUACAGUUCAAGAUGGUGAUGAUGUUCUUGUUCAAGAGUCGGCCGAGGAAUCUAAUGGGGAAGGGAAAGAAGAGAUCGAGAAAUUAGAUCAUGAGCUAGAUGAACUAUCAAAAAAAGUUCGUAACUUGUUUAGUAUAACUUUAAAAGGACGUGAAACCAUUUGUGCAUGUUUGUUGAGUGAACUCCCUCAUGCAUGAAUCUCACAUAUAUAAUUAAAAUCUCCAUUUUCUUUUGUUUA